GAGCAUCAACAGGACAGGAGUGGGCUACAUCCCUUGCUGUUUUUUUUUUAACCGCUCGCUCGCCUUGAAGACCUGCGCAGCACCAAUAAACGUCACGCACAACGCGCAGUUCCGAGGAAAGCUUUCCGUAUUUUAACUAGGACUAUGUGUAUAAUGUGAGUUUCCGUGGACAUUAUCCACAUGCUCGGAUGUAGUGAUUGUUCCAUUAUACCGUGCUGGCAGCGGAGGAUCAAGAAUUACUGCGUGCUUGAGGAGUGAUAUUGGGUGUCAUCAACAAGGUGAAUGAUUUCAAGCUGUUUUUCCGUCAUGCAAAAGACGGCAACUGCCCCAUGCAGUGUGUCCUCUUCGCGAGGUCCUAGUGCCCCUGGAUCCCCAGCCACAUCGAUUGUGGCACGGAUGGACAACCAGGUCAUUGGUUACAAGGACUUGGCUGCCAUUCCCAAGGACAAAGCCAUUCUGGAGGUGGAGAGGCCAGACCUGAUGGUGUACGAACCUCACUUUAACGUUUCCUCCCUGAGCAGAACGGGCCUCUGCAGAAGCCGUGAGAGGUCGAUGUCACCACACUCCAUCUCUCCACCUCCAUCUCCUGAGAUGUUCUGUAGGGAUCAGAAGGAGUGGCCAGAGCAGGGCUCUCCCGGAGGCUCCAACAUGGGCUCCACCACACAGCUCCGCAAGAUAAGCACCUCAUCGCGGGCCGGCCUACAGCACUUUCACAGGCCAGAUAAUGGAACCAACAUUUAUAAAAAGCCUCCCAUUUAUAAACACGAUUCUGGAUCAGAAAAUAAAAACCCAGGGGACAACAUAAUAAAGUCCUCCAAAUUCCCAGCCGCCCAGCCUCCUGAUCCCAACGUGCCCUCCAAGAUUGAAACGGAGUACUGGCCUUGUCCACCCUCACUGGCUACCAUGGAGAUUGAGUGGAGGAGGAAGGCGGAAGCGGAGGGAAAAGUGGAGGAAGACGAUGAAUUCGAGGACCUGACGGAGGACGCCAGGCGACUCCAAGAGCAGGAGCUUAACAAGAUCCAGUCCAACUUGGGCAAAUUGAUUCUGAAGGAGGAAAUGGAGAAAUCAGAGUUCCGCAGGAAAACCCGCUCACUCCCGGACAGGACACACAUGCACUUAGGGUCCUCCACCAGUACCUCAAAAUCCACCUCUUUACCAGCCUGCAGCCGAUCAGGCCUCACCAGGCUGCAGUCUGCAGACUUUCCAUCGUCAGAAGGAGACCAGACAAGGCCAGGACUACAGAAUGGAGAUACACAAAGAGGGAGAAUGGACAGAGGAAACUCACUGCCUAGUAUUCUGGAACAGAAGAUCUACCCAUAUGAGAUGCUCAUUGUGACCCAUAGAGGGCGCAGCAAGCUCCCACCAGGUGUUGACCGAACUAGACUGGAGAGACACCUCUCUCCGGAAGAGUUCCAUGAGCUGUUUGGAAUGCCUAUCACAGAAUUUGAUCGUCUGUCGUUGUGGAAACGCAACAACCUGAAGAAGAAAGUGUCGCUUUUCUAACGAUUGGUGUCACACUCAGACUUUGGACCUUUGGACGCACUUAUUUGGAUGCAAAUAAUGUUGAUCAACUAAAGAGUUCCAUUGAAAAUGCAGGAAGAGACCUACAUUCACAUAUAUACCAAAUAGAGCCGUAUCAUAUCCGAAAGCUAUACAUCAAUACUUCUUUUCAAGCUACAGAAUCCACGCUGGUCCUAUCACCAAUCAAAGCUAACGCCUGUGUGUUGUCCAGUCCUCAGUAUGGUCCACAAUAAGGGCUUUGUGUUAGUGAGCUAUUAAUUUGAACAUAGCAUGGUCUACAGUAUACACCGAAGUGUUGUCUCAUGAUUCUGCAUAAAGUUAGCCAUAACUGUUUGUGUAGUUCCAAAUGUUUAUGAUUAAGAGCACUGUAAUGAGCUCUUAAUGAAGAUAAUUGGCUUUACCGACCAGGCCUUGACUAAAACAUAAAGUCACAUUUAGCCACAUAUGGAGAAUAUUGAUUCGAUCACUACAUAUUUAAAGAGGCAAAUACUGAAUGCUUUUCAGAGCAAAUCUCAAAGUGCCCAUUAAAUUUUUAAAAUUAUAUACAGAUAUGCAAGACCAUCACCCCAAUUUUCUCAUGUCACUCUGGAUGUCCAUUCCAUAGUGUCAUAACCUGUGUUCUAUUUAUUGUGGUGUAUGAAACACUGUUGUACAAUUAUGGAAAAAUAUUUAUUUGCUUUACUGUUACUUUUACCUUGAAUAUAUACACUGUCUGUUGAAACACUUUACAUGUUUCCUCGUAGUCUAACCACAGUUUGGACAAAGUUUAAUUACAGUGAUAAAAACUGUUUAAAUGAUUUAUUAAAGAAUUUAAAUAUACAGUGUAAUAGAAAAAAUCAAUAUUAAUUAUGCAGAACUGUUCAUUUUCAUAAUAGGACACUGAAAAACACAUUUUGAAGUUCUUUCCUCAAUACAAAUCAGGAAAAGCUACUUAGCUGAAGGAUAAAACAAAAUGUCUGCUUAAAUUUGUCCUGAGCUCAUUGAAAGUUUUUGACAUAUGGAAUGUAGGACAAGACUACAUUAGAGCAACCUGUAGUUCUAACUUUUGAAACACCCUUGUAGUGUUAUCAUAUAGUUUUCUAUCUUUGUAGUUCUUUAUUUAAUUUUUAGUAACAUUUAUGUUUAUUUCCAUCACAUUUCUUGCCUGCACUCUGAACUGGGUGCAGAAUAUGGAUAUAAUAAAUAUUGUUGACUGCCACCAAAUUCAUGUACUGUACAUCCAUGCUGCUGCAAUGUUGUUUUGAAUUUCAUGUAUAUGACACAUCACCAUGACACCAUGUGAUUAUGACUGGUUACAGCUCAUGUCAUGUCAUUUGUUUUUAAUGUUAAUUCAGCAGCAUAAUUGAGUAAAGAUGAAUAAAGACGAAAACAAAAAAAGA